AUGGUUGGGCGCACCAAAGGCUUUGUAAGCAGAGUGAAGGAAAGAAAUCCAGAUGUGAUUAUUACGCACUGUUUUUUACACCGCGAGGCCCUCGUAGCCAAGACUUUACCAUCAGCCUUAGUUCAUGUGUUGGAUGAUGUUGUGCGCAUGGUAAACAUUGUAAAGUCACGACCCGUGGAAAGUCGCAUAUUUGCAGCUUUGUGUGAGGAGAUGGGAGCAAAGCAUAAAACCUUGCUGUUUCAUACGGAGGUCCGGUGGUUGUCGCGUGGCAAGGCCUUGGUUCGUGUGUAUGAGCUGCGGGAGGAACUUAAAGUGUUUUUGACAAAUGAGGGGUCAGAUUACGCAAAGCAGCUUGCAAGUGAUGAGUGGUGUGCAAGGCUGGCAUACCUUGCAGAUAUAUUUCAUCAUCUGAAUGAAUUGAACACCCGAAUGCAAGGCCGAAAUGAAACCUGCUUACAAGUACAGAUAAAAUAA